AUGGCGCUCAGCUUCUUCAGUGGCGCCGGAAGCGCCAGCAAUGCCAAGUACUUCGACAUUCGCUUGAACGAUGAGUACAUCGUUUUCCGUGGCGGCGAGCAUGAAGCUGCCAGCGCUCAUCUGAAAGGAACUCUGGUGCUCUGUCUGUCGGAGCCGCUUACUAUCAAGCACAUUCGGUUACAGCUUACGGGCAUGUCGCGCGUUUGCUGGCACCUCCCCUCUAGUUCGACCGCCGGCGGCCGCAAGUCAUGGAGAGAACGAGUCUUCUACGAUAAGACAUGGCAAUUCCGCGAUCCUGGCAAAGGCAAGACGGAAGUCCUGGCGGCGGGCAACUACGAAUACCCAUUCGACGUGGUGCUGGAGGGAUCUAUGCCUGAGAGUGUAGAGGGGUUGUCGGAGACUUGGGUGAUGUACCGCUUCAAGGCGGAGAUCGGGCGCAAAUAUGCCAAAGAUAUUGUUGCACGGAAACCCUUGCGGAUCAUCCGAACCCUCGAUCCCAGCGCUCUGGAACUGUCCCACGCGAUGUCCGUGGACAACAUCUGGCCAAACAAGAUCGAAUACUCCAUCAGCACCCCGACCAAGGCUGUCGUAUUCGGUACUUCCAUUCGGGUCGACUUCAAACUCAUCCCACUACUGAAGGGUCUGCGGAUCGGACAAAUUACGUCACAGCUCAUCGAAAGUCACGACCUGACACUUAACCCGGAAGAUCCGGACUCGAUUCGCAAUACCUACAAAAUUACACGGACAAUCUUGACGGAUGAGCAUGAGGUGGAUGAGGAUCGUGUCGAAAUCAUCGAUGAGGCCGCCGAGGGCUACCAGUUCACGCGCUAUCUCGAUAUGCCGCAGACGUUGACCCGGUGUCUGCAGGAUACGGACACAAAGGGCAUCAAGAUUCGCCAUAAGAUGAAGUUCCGCAUUCAACUACACAACCCCGAUGGCCAUGUCAGCGAGCUCCGAGCCACCCUCCCCGUUUCCAUCUUCAUUUCCCCCAACAUGCCCAUUGACGAGAACAACAACCUUCGCGACCAAACCCCUGCCGCAGCUCGCCGAACGGUAGACGAAUUUGCCCACCAGGCCCCGCCUCUUUACAGCGAACAUCAAUUCGAUCAGCUGUAUAGCGAGCUCGACCCCAGCGGCUACCGUACUCCAGGCCCCGGCAGCGGCGGCCCCGGAACACCCUUCGGCCCCAUGAGUCGUAACAUCUCGUCGGAGAAUCUGGCUUCGAUGAACGCGCUGACCAACACUGAUAUCUCCGCCUCUGCACUACACAGCCGUCUCACGACGCUGAACGCUAAUCGCUUCGGUCACCAAUCCCCCAGCGAGCCAUCGCACGACUCUCCCACCGAGAGCCACCCCAAUUCACGACAGCUGAACGUUCAUUUCGGAGACUACUUUGGUCCUUCCUCCGGCUCCAACUCACACAGUCCAGGCAGCCCCGAGAUGUCUCGCCGAGCCUCGGACGAGGUGGAUCACGAGCGUAUCCCAUCUGGCAUGGCUACACCUUUCCACCCUCAGUACGCAGAGGUUGAAACGCUCAGUCGCGUGCCUAGCUACUCGACUGCGGUACGCGCGGCUGUGGGUCCUUGCGACUCCAAUCUGCCCGAUUACAAUGCUGUUAUCGCCAGUGAUUUGCCCACACCGCCGGUCCUUCAGUCCCCCCAGCAGGCUCACCUUCGCAACGGCCGCAGCAGUGGGUUUUCUACACCUCUAGAGGUGAAUCGCCCCGGACACUUUAACGCAUCCGGCGCCAACGCUGACGAUGCCGAACGCAGACUCCGAUUAGUGCAAGCCCGCGCUAGAGGCUGA